AUGAGUGGUUUUUUUGGUUCUAUAGUUAAAAAAUUGCGUCCGACAGAUUCAAACGAAGAUCUUUCCAAUGAAGCUAAAAUAAAAAUCGAAAGUUGUAUAGAAACAUGCAACCCAGGCCCAGGAUGUUGUGAAGGUACUGUUUCAAAUAAAGAUUUGGAAACUUUUAAUAAGUUAAAAAUCGAUAAAGAAACACCCCUAAUGAACUCUAGUAAAACAAACAAACUUCAUUUUAUCAUUCCCACUUCAAAGAAGGAUUGGAAACAUGACGCAGUUACAGAAUUUAACAACGAUACUGUGCCAUACGAACUUUUUACAUGGGUUAAAAGCAAUAAAAGAAAAUACCAAAAUAGUACUUUAAGCACUGCUCCAGCUGAGGAACCUUUUAUGUGUAAUGUUAGUUCAAUGGCUAUAGAUAUCAUGGACAUUGAUCAACUGAAAUUCCGCAAAUCAAAUGUUUUAAUUUUACCUUAUUUUAUUACUUUACACAAUUUAGUAUUUGAUAAAGUUGCACCUCUCUUUAACGAAUUGGUUCCUCUUUUAAUGAAUACAGGUGGUAAUGAUGCCACACCCACUUUUGAAGCUAUUCAAGAGUUGUGUGGGAAAUACGGUGUCACUAUUAGUAAAUCUAAUGAUCGUGGUGUUAUAUUUCUAUGCUCACACACCACGAGAGAUAAAAGGUGUGGUAUUACAGCUCCGAUUUUAUUAAAGUAUUUUCAUGAAUUUUUAACUGAUCCAUAUGACAGUUUCAGAAAUGAUUCAGAUACUAGAGAAGGUGGUUAUAGAGUUGCCUAUGUCAAUCAUGUUGGUGGCCACAAAUUCGCUGCCAAUACUAUAAUUUAUUUAAAUAAUAUAAAUGAUCCUUUGUUAAUUUGGUUGGGUAGAGUCACCCCAAAAGAUGUACAACCUAUUGUAGAGAACGUAUUAAUCCCUGAAGUUCCUAGAUUGCCUUAUCCGGAAAAGGUCCGCUGCAUCAAGAAAUAUAACUGGUGA